UUCCACAAAACACGCAGAUGAAAAUUUAUUUUGCUGAGUUUGACGUUGAGGAGAGCCAGGAUUGCGAUUGGGACUUUUUGAAGAUCACCAACGAAAAGAAUCACCACUUUGGUUUAUACUGUGGAUUGAAGACUGGGGAGGAGGUUCUCGUAACUGGAAGCUAUGCCUUCAUGGUUUUUCACUCCGACCGUUCUCAACAAAAACGAGGAUUCAAAAUGUACUUCACUGUUGUUCCAUUCGAGACUACGAUAGCUGGAGUAGCAGAAUAA